ACUCGUUGUCGCCGCUGUUGCCGUGACGCGCCCUCAGCCCUGGCCGUGCCCGCGCCCUUGCCCGCGCCGCCCGCCACCCUCCGCCGCCGCCCGGCGCCCCGCGGCGCCAUGAUCGUGGACAGCAGCCGGGACGCGGCGCCCGACGGCGGCGACGGUGGCGCCCUGAGCAGCCCCAUCAACCUCGCCUACUUCUACGGGGCCUCGCCCCACUCCAGCGAGGGCAGCUGCUCGCCGGCUCACUCGGCCCCGGGUUCGCCGGGCUCCGACUCGGACCUCUCGGUGAGCAGCCGCGGCGGCGGCGGCGGCCGGAGGGACCCCCGGGGCGGCGCCCGCCCCGCGCUGCAAGCAGUUGAUCAACACAUGGGGGGAGGAAAGCAACACAGAGGACCUUUCCAGGGGGUCCGUGUGAAGAACUCGGUGAAAGAACUGCUGUUGCACUUCAGAAGCAGCAAACAGAUGUCCUCGGGCUCUGCUACUGAUGAAUGCAAGACACAAGGAGGAUUGGUGAACUACGAACAGUACACAGCAGAGCUCAAGAGCAUACUUGGCCACGGUGGCAAAAGAAAGGCUCCUGAGCACCUUUCUGAUGGACCGUCUUACAAACGCCAAGCUACUGUUCACCCACACCUUCUGACACCACCCCAGACUCCAACUUCUAUGGACAACAUGGAGGAGACUCAUAAAAAUGAACCAAAGCACGAUAGCAAUUCUGAUCUGCUUCAGAACAUCAUAAACAUUAAGAAUGAGUCAAGCCCUGUUUCUCUGAAUACAGUGCAGGUUAGCUGGUUGCACCCUGUCUCUAACAAUAACUCACCCAGGGAGCAAUAUCAAGACAGCCCAGGAACGCAGGCUUUCUCCCCAUCCCAGAAGUACCAAGCAUUCCAAGAACACACCUCCCAGCAUAUGCUCGAUCCUCCUCAGCAUUACCAGUUUCCUGCGUUGCAGAACCAGGAUUUGUCACAGAACUACACUUCGGAUCCAUCCCUGGAGUACAGGCCCUUCUCUGCCAAUGACCAGUCUCCUGGCUACCCGCAGAAUGCCUUUGAGAGCCGUGAACUGCAGUAUUGUCCAUCACAAAGUUUCUCCUCUCUCUUGAAUGAUUCUGAAGGCUCAGAGAGUAUAUCCACUCCCCUGCAGCCCCUGACCAGUGCUCAUCCACAGGCUGAUGUCAGCACCCAUACUCCAAACUUCAGCUUGGUUCCCAAUAACAUCUGUGGUAGUCUUGACUGCAGUGUCUCUUUGUCUACUUUGAAUGUCUCUUUAUCGCACCAAAACACUGCCAGAAGCACAGCACAGCUGGGCAAGUCAUUUUUUCAAUGGCAAGUGGAGCAGGAGGAAAACAAACUGGCUAAUAUCUCUCAAGAUCAGUUCCUUGCAAAAGAUGUGGAUGGAGACACCUUCCUUCACAUUGCUGUUGCCCAGGGCCGACGAGCGCUCUCCUAUGUUCUUGCAAGGAAGAUGGCUGCCCUGCACAUGCUGGAUAUUAAAGAGCACAAUGGACAGAGUGCCUUCCAGGUGGCUGUGGCUGCCAAUCAGCAUCUCAUUGUGCAGGACUUGGUUAGCUUGGGGGCUCAAGUCAACACCACAGACUGCUGGGGUAGAACACCAUUGCAUGUUUGUGCUGAGAAAGGGCAUGCCCAGGUCCUUCAGGCAAUCCAAAAGGGAGCCAUGGGAAGUAAUCAGUAUGUGGACCUUGAGGCAACAAACUAUGAUGGUUUGACAGCGUUACACUCUGCUGUUCUGGCACAUAAUGCUGUGCUGCAUGAACUGCAAAACAGUCAACCCCCUCACUCUCCAGAGGUUCAGGAGCUUCUGCUGAGAAACAAAAGCCUGGUAGAAACCAUCAAGACUCUAAUACAAAUGGGAGCCACUGUUGAAGCAAAAGAUCGUAAAAGUGGUCGCACAGCUUUACAUCUGGCAGCAGAAGAAGCAAACCUGGAGCUCAUUCGUCUCUUUUUGGAGCUGCCCAACUGUCUCUCUUUUGUUAAUGCAAAGGCUUACAAUGGCAACACAGCACUACAUGUGGCUGCCAGCCUGCAAUAUCGGGUGAGUCAGUUGGAUGCUGUUCGCCUGCUAAUGCGAAAGGGAGCUGAUCCAAGUGCCAGAAACUUGGAGAAUGAGCAGCCAGUUCAUCUGGUUCCUGAUAGCCUUGUAGGAGAACAGGUAAAAAUCAAAAGCAAACAACAAACAAAACAAUCCCCCCCUCAAGCCCCAAAACAGCAAAACAAAUCUUCCACUGCCAUCCCCCAAACAACAAACAAGCCUUAUUCCCCUCAAAGUUCUUUAGGUUUUGAGUUGUAGCUUUUAGAGAGAAGAUUUGGAAAAUGCCAUUUUCUUCGGGAUUUCUUGCAUCUUAUCUGAUCCUGACAUUAAAAACAGACCUGAAAUUACAGGGUUCAUUUAUAGCUCUUAUUUUUUGUCUCAGAGCUUUUUAUUGUCAAACUAGUGUGUAACCUUGCAGCAUAUAGGAGCUGACCUUCCCUCUCUAGUUUGUCCCAGUAUGGCCUGUGAUCAUGUUCUUACUGUUUUUGUAAUAACUAAUGGUAGUUCUUAGGCCUGAAUCACAGAUGAAAGUCCCUGUUUCCUAGAAGCUGUAUAAAUAUAUAACAAAGAUGGCUCUUGACUUAAGCUGAGUGAGUAACUCUGGUUCUUUUAAUUGAUUCUAAUAAUGAAAAAUUAGAUCAAUUUUGGUGCAACUGAACUCAGAAUCUGCCUUAGAUAAAUGAAGGAUGCAGAGUUGGGCCUCUAGGUAUUUCAUGUCUUUUCAGAUAUGCCACACUUUAGGAUGAUGAAUACUUAAUCUUUUGUCUCUUUCUCUUCUCUAGAUAAGACGUAUCCUAAAAGGGAAGGCAAUCCAGCAGAGAGUGUCGCCAUUUUAAACUCUGUGUUUCCUGGAUUUCAGAUAACUUACACUCACUGUCAGUUAGGCAGUCCUAAUGUAUCUGUAAAUAGACCAUUUGCCUGGUGUGGGCAAAUGUUAGUUGUUUCUAUGAAACAAAAGUAUUUUGUUCACUAUCAUAUAGUGGGUUAUAUAAAAAAAAAAAAAAAUCUAAUUCCUCUGAGCAAAUGGGAAUGUUUCAUUCCCAAGUAUGUGGAACCUUUGCCUGGAUACCUGGAUUUCAUAGCUACGGCAGGACUGAUUGUUUUAAACAGUAAAAUGAAUGAAUUCUGGACAAAGACAAUGCUACAGGAAACCUUUUUAGAGAGCUAUUAGAUGACAACAUUGCAGAGCUUUUUGUUUUUAAUCAUACUUAAAUAUUAAGUGUAGGAGAAAUCAAAUAUUUUUGGAGCUGAAAAUUUAUUUAUAUGCUUUGUAGCUUUCUUCUAGUAUCUCAUGCAGGAUUGUAUAGUCAUUGGCAUUAUUGUACAGCUGUAUAGAAUUUACUGAGAGCUUGGAGAAUGAACUGAAAAAGAAACAAGUGCCUUGAACUUAUGAAUUGUGUAUGGAAUUUCAUACUAUGCAAAUCGUGUGAAUUCUGAUUUUUGAAAGACUGAGAACGAAAGGUACAGUCAGGGUUGAUUUUUCCCUGACACUGAUUUGUGUCUGCUUUUGGAGUUGUUAAUGUAACAAAAAGCCUUGCUUCUUCGGGGGAUAAUAUCAGUUUUUACUGUACCCAGUACAGGUUUUUCUUUUGACAGGGCAAUAGAUCGAGGGAGAAGUAUGACUUAAAUUGUGUAUAUAACUGUUAUGCUUUGAAGAAUAUGGUCCUGAUUCAGUGAAAGUGUGUAGCAUGUACUGUACUUUAGAUGCAUGCUGAAAUCUCUUGUUCAUUAUAAUACUUAAAUAUGUGUAAGCCCCACUAGUGUCAGUAGGACACACAUGCAUAAGUAGUUUGCUGAAUUGGGCUCUAGCUAGGAACUUAAGUGUUUCUUCACCUCCUAAGCAGAGUUAGUCCAUUUAUGGUUUUACCUUAUAGGUAUAGUGGAUAGCCAAAAUAAUAUUUGAAGCUAACAUUUUUCUGGUUUUUAAUAACUAUGGCUGUUAAUGCAAAAUGUUUACUAGUGAUGCUGUGUACUUGUGUUCUGUCAGGAAAACUUCCUGUCACUUUCAGAACAAUCCAUGUUGAGCUGUAAUCCAGUAAUGUUCUCUGUAUGGUAUCUUUGCUCUUAAACUGUUUUUGCAUCCUAUGCGGUUCUCUUCUGUAACCAUUUAAUUAGUCUGUACUGUUUUGAAGAAGUAUGUCUUGUAGACAAGCUAAGUGGAAAAAUCUGAUAUACUGAGGCCUAGUUACAACGUGUUUCUUGGAAGGUCUCAUGUAACCUGUUUGAAUAAACAUAUUAAAAUUU